AUGGGCAGCGAGAGGAGCGCAUCAAGCGACUCACAGGUGACUUGGCAACAGGCAGCCUUGGCAGAGAGCCAGAAUGAGCUCCGAAGAGUGCAAGAUGAAAGUCGUGAGUUCAAGGAGCAGCUGGCGAACGGGGCAGACCUGCAUCCUCUGCUCGAGAAAGUGAUUUACCAAGAUCGCUGCGAGCAACUGAAGCAGUCUCUAGAAAAAGCAGAGAUGGAGGAGUCUGCAAAGGUGCAGCAGAUUCAAAGCCUGCUUGUUGAGAAUGCCACAUACAAGGAAGCGUUGUCAGCAGCAGGAGCGGCAACUCGGAGCCCUACGUGCCACGCUUGCUGUGAAUAG